CUUCUCUCUCCGCCGGCGAAGAGAAGAAGGCGGGAGUUCAGCCCUUCUGUUCUGAGUUUGUUAGGGGCUCAUUAUGUUCGCUCUCCUCCAGUUCAACGAAGAGAGGGAGGUCAGAGCCAUGUGCGGUGUCACCAAGCACUCACACACACAGGGGAAUUCAUAAUAAAGCAUGCAUUAUCGCAGCCAAGCCACGGGCUGAGGGCGAUAUGCUCCCCGGGUUCGAGACACAUGGAAAUAAAUGUUGCACUAUCGCAGCCAGGCAAACAGCCGAGGGCGAUAUGUCUAAAAAAUCCCGAAAAAUGCAAAGGCAUGGAAUGCGCUCCCCCAGUCCCUCCGCUGGGGGCAGUGCUCGCUUCCCCGUCAGCGGGGGCCCGCACGGCGCGUGUGAUGACGUCAUCACUGCGCGACGAUGGCGGGGCGGAAGUGUACGGGGGCCUUCUCUCGACCCGCAUAGCCAGCUGGCACGCAUGCGUGGCUCAUCCGUGGGUUUUAGCAACAGUGUCACGGGGAUACAGGCUCCAAUUUGCCAUGAAACCGCCUCGAUUCAACGGGCUGAUCAUGUCAGUGGCCGAGGGAGAAUCGGCUCGUGUGUUGACGGCCGAAAUCGAAACCCUCCUGCACAAGCAGGCAAUCAGAGUGGUACACGGGGAGGAAAGCUGUCAGGGCUUCUAUUCCUGUUAUUUCGUAGUUCCAAAGAAAGGCGGUUCAGCCCUCCGUCCCAUUUUGGAUCUACGUGUAUUGAACAAGCACCUCAGAAAGUAUUCAUUCAAAAUGCUGACACACAAGGUGCUGUGUCGAUCGAUUCGUCCAGGCGAUUGGUUUGUUACGAUAGAUCUGGCGGACGCGUACUUCCACAUAGAUAUUUAUCCCUCUCACAGGAAAUUCCUCAGGUUUGCAUACCGGGGCACAGCAUACGAAUUUCAAACUAUACCGUUCGGGCUAUCAUUAGCUCCGAGGGUUUUUACCAAGUGUGUGAUGGCAGCCCUGUUCCCGUUGAGGGACAAGGGCAUAAGGAUAUUGUCUUACAUAGACGAUUAUCUGAUAUGCUCGUCGUCAAGGGAGCGAGCCAUAAGAGACGCAGAGAUUGUCCUGUAUCACCUCAGAGACCUGGGUUUCAGGAUAAACAUGAUGAAGAGCCGGCUGGUGCCCUCUCAACAUACGGAGUAUUUAGGGCUCGGCUUGGACUCCCUUUCGUAUCGAGUCACGUUGACGGAAGAGAGAAUAGCGUCUUUCACACAAUGUCUCGCUCGUUUUCAGAGGGGACGAGUAGUCCCGUACAGGCUGUGCUUGCGAAUGCUGGGGCUGAUGGCUUCGGUGAUCGCGGUAGUGCGUUUGGGGCUACUCAAAAUGAGGGAUUUUCAGCGCUGGAUCGCGCGCUUGCGUCUGUGCUCUCGCCGGCAUCUCAGCCGACCGGUGAGAGUCACUCAUGCGUGCGUCGAAGCGCUCAGACACUGGAAAGGCCCUGUGACGUUCAGAUCGGGGAUUCCCUUAGGGGCGGUGUCAUCGAGAAUAACUUUGACAACGGACGCGUCAUUGAAGGGUUGGGGUGCAACCCUAAUGGGCAGGACUGUGAACGGCGCGUGGCCACCACAGUUGGUGCACGAACAUAUAAACUAUUUGGAGCUGUUGGCGGUGUGGCUGGCACUGAAACAUUUUCUGAGUUUCCUCAGAGGUCGGCAUGUUUUAGUGAAAACGGACAACACCACGGUGGUUGCUUACAUCAACCGUCAGGGGGGCACACGCUCCCUUCAGUUGCAUCGGUUGGCGACGAAGCUGAUCGUGUGGUGCGACACACGGCUUCUGUCCCUCCGGGCGACUCACGUUCCGGGGAUCUUGAACAGAGGGGCGGAUUUACUGUCCAGGGGAAAUCCCCUGUACGGAGAGUGGAAACUCCAUCCUCAGGUGGUCAGCCAGAUAUGGCAGAGGUACGGUCAGGCUGCCGUCGAUCUCUUCGCCUCGCGAGAAAACGCUCAUUGCCCUCUGUAUUUCUCCCUGGUGGACGCAAAUGCACCGUUGGGUGUGGAUGCUUUGGCCCAUCGAUGGCCGGACGUGCUUCUGUAUGCGUUUCCCCCUCUGAGCUUAAUCUCCCCCACUUUAGCCAGAGUGAGGGAGCGGUGUCUGUCAUUGAUUCUGGUAGCCCCGCGCUGGCCAUCCCGACAUUGGGUGGCGGAGAUUGUCCAGCUAUUGUCGGGGCAGCCGUGGCCCCUCCCCCCACGGAGGGACCUCCUGUCUCAGGCGGGGGGGGAGAUUUACCAUCCUCAUCCGGACAUGUUAGCCCUCUGGGCCUGGCCCGUGAGAGGUGGAAUCUGA